GUAGAAUUCGUCAAAAUUCAAUGCCAAGUGGGAGAGUGUGAAUGUGAGACUUCUAACUUAAAGAUAAGGUUGACCCAAGGUCAACUGAAAUUGCUUCUUCCUUCUCUAUUAAGUUGCAGAUCCAUGAUGAAUUGAUGAUACUCCAACUCCAACAUAUAUGACCAGAAGUAGAAUUUGAAUCCCAACGGCCAUAGCAUAAGGUAAGAUAUUAAAGUUGUUACUUACCAACCAUCGACCUCAUAUUCAUGAUCUAAAAAGAACUUGUUCCAAUCCAACGACACACUCUAUCUCUGAAUUCAAAAAUUGAAUAUGGUGUAUUUCUUUGUCUUAUGGUCAUUUCUGUUAGUGUUGUUUUCCUUUGUCAGUCAGUUCCUUCUAAAAGGGAGGGGUAUAGCAGCAGAGCCUGUAUCAGACAAUGCUCCUCAAACAAACAAGCAUGAUGUUUUAGACCCACCUCAAGAAGAGAAGUAUGAUGUUUUUGUUAGCUUCCGGGGCGAGGACAUCCGUGACGGUUUUCUUAGCCAUCUGGCUGAUGCUUUUCGUCAAAAGAAAAUAAACGCCUUCAUGGAUGAUAAGCUUAAGAGAGGACAAGAAAUAUGGCCAUCACUUGUUGGAGCAAUUGAAGGAUCAUUGGUUUCAGUGAUCAUAUUCUCUGAAAACUACGCUACUUCACGCUGGUGUUUGAAUGAAUUGGUGAAAAUACUUGAGUGCAGAGACAAAUAUGUACACACUGUAAUACCAGUUUUCUACUGCGUAGAUCCCACAGAUGUACGACAUCAAACAGGGAGUUAUAAAGCAGCAUUUGCUGAGCAUACAAAAGAAAUCGAUCCGACCAUGGUGCAAACAUGGAGAGAUGCUUUGAAUAAAUCUGCUAAUUUAUCAGGAAAUAUUUCAUCAGAUUUUCGGAAUGAUGCUGAGCUGCUUGGAAAGAUCAUCAAUGAUGUGUUGCAUCAAGUAAGGAGGUUGAGUAAGCCCACACUUAACUCAAAAGGAUUUGUUGGAAUUGGCAAAUCAAUUGCUGAUAUAGAAGUCUUGCUGCUGAAACAGUCAAAAGAUGUCUGCAUUAUUGGAAUUUGGGGUAUGGGAGGUAUCGGCAAGACAACUAUUGCAGAACAAGUGUUCAAUAAAAUAUGUUUUGAGUAUGAAGGUACCUGUUUUUUGUCAAAUGUAAGAGAAGAGUUAGAAAGACAUGGAACAAUUUAUUUGAAAGAAAAACUUUUCUCCACACUACUAGGAGAAGAUGUGAAAAUAACGUCACCAAGUGGAUUGUCUUAUUAUAUUUGGAGAAGGAUUAGUCGUAUGAAGGUUCUCAUUGUUCUUGAUGAUGUGAAUGAUUCAGAUCAGCUGGAAUUAUUUGGAACUGUUGAUAAUUUUGGAUCAGGUAGUAGAAUAAUUGUAACAACUCGAGAUAAGCAAUUGCUUAUAGCUAAAGAAGUUGAUGAUAUACACGAGGUUGGGGUAUUGAGUUCUGGUGAAGCACUUGAGCUUUUCAAUUUGAUUGCCUUGAACCAAAGUCACCUUGAAAUGGAGUAUCAUGAAACUUCAAAGAGGAUUGUUGAUUAUGCCAAAGGCAUUCCAUUAGUUCUUAAAGUUUUGGGUCAUCUUCUUCGUGGAAAAGAUCAGAAAGUAUGGGAAAGCCACCUAGAUAAGCUUAAGGAAAUGCCGAGUAAAAAAGUUUAUGAUGUGAUGAAAUUGAGUUAUGAUGAUCUAGAUCGCAAAGAGAAAACGGUUUUUCGGGAUAUUUCUUGUUUCUUCAAUGGAAUGAAUAUGAAAGUGGACUCCAUAAAAGCUUUAUUGAAAGAUCGUGAAAGUGAUAAUUCAGUGGCUCAUGCGUUAGAAAGGCUGAAAGAUAAAGCUCUUAUAAUUGUCUCCAAGGAUAAUGUUGUAUCUGUGCAUGAUAUUAUCAAAGAAAUGGCUUGGGAGAUUGUUCGCCAAGAAUCUGAUGGAAACAUUGGAAACCAAAGUCGAUUUGGGGACGUUGAUGAAGUAUUGGAAAAUGACAAGGGGACGGAUGCCAUUAGAAUUAUGCGGAUGAACUUGUCAAAAAUUAAGAGCAGCAACCUGAAGUUUAGCUCCAACAUGUUUUCUAGGAUGAGAAAACUUCAAUUUCUUGAUUUUUACGGGGAACGUGAAGACUACCCUGAUAUUCUUCCUGAGGGACUUCAAUCUUUACCCAAUAAAUUAAGAUAUCUUCGUUGGAUGAAUUACCCUCUGAAAUCCUUGCCAGAAAAAUUUUCUGCAGAAAAACUUGUUAUGUUGGACAUGACUUAUAGCAAUGUGGAGAUACUUUGGGAUGGAGUGCAGAAUCUGGUGAAUUUAAAACAAGUUAAACUCCGUUGUUGUGUAUUCCUGAAGGAGCUGCCCGACUUUUCAAAGGCCACAAAUCUUGAAGUGUUAAUUGCCAGUUUUUGUUAUGACUUGACUUGUGUGCAUCCAUUUAUUUUCUCUCUGGGAAAGCUUGAGAAAUUGGAUCUUAGUCACUGCUCUUCCCUCACCAGCCUUACAAGUAAUGCUCAACCAAGCUGCCUCAGUUAUCUCAACCUAGAAGGGUGUAAAGAUCUAACAGAGUUCUCAGUGACAUCAGAGAAUAUGAUAGAACUUAAUCUGAGCGACACCGGAAUCAAAGCAUUGCCUUCAUCAUUUGGAAGUCAAAGAAAGCUUGAAAUCCUUGAUUUAGAACAAGGUAGAAUUGAGAGCUUACCAUCAUGCAUUGUGAAUCUCACAAGACUACGAUAUCUAAACCUAAGUGAUUGUGAGAAGCUUCAAACAUUGCCAGAACUUCCCCCCUCCGUUGAAACUCUACUUACCCGUGGCUGCAGCUCUUUGAAGACAGUGUUGUUCCCUUCAACAGCUACUGAACAAUCCCAGGAGAACAAGAAAAGGGUUGAGUUCUUUCAAUGUGAGAGCUUGGAUGAACGUUCUCUUUGGAAAAAAUAACUUGUUGGGGAGAUGCUGCAACACUUAACAAAAGGAUGUUGAUGACGGAAGCGAUUCAAAGCGUGUCUACACACUAACUUUUAGGUUCAAUUCGCCCCCACCAAUUAAUGUAUAUUGGAUGCAAUUGAGAAGAACGACGAAUUUCCUUCAGGAUACUUUGAAAACCUGGAUGUGAUUUGCACUAACACAACAAACAUAUCUUUAAUAAUAGUUUACAUAGAGAUGAUUCCCAAAAUUCACUCAUGCAUUAGUGCAGUGAAAGAUGAUUUAGAAUAAUAUAAAUGGAAGAAAAAUUGGUUGAAUUAUGUCUAA